GCUGGGGCGACGGCGGCGCGGGCCGGGAUGGAGUGAGGGGGCGAGCGGCGGAGAGAGCGCAGCCCACCGAGCUCCGGCCCCCGCCCCCUGCCUCUGUGUCUGUCUCUCUCUCUGGCCCGGGCCUAUGCGGCCCCCCAGAGACCAUGGGAUCCAGGAUCAAACAAAAUCCUGAAACUACCUUUGAAGUGUACGCAGAAGUAACCUAUUCAGGAAUCAGUUGCAUUGGGAAAGAUCCUGAGGUGCGGAGGCAAUUCCCAGAGGACUACAGUGACCAGGAAGUUCUACAGACUCUGACCAAGUUUUGUUUCCCCUUCUAUGUGGACAGCCAUGCAGUCAACCAAGUUGGGCAGAACUUUACAUUUGUGCUUACAGACAUUGACAGCAAACAGAGGUUUGGAUUCUGUCGCUUAUCUUCUGGGGCCAAGAGCUGCUUCUGUAUCUUAAGUUACCUCCCAUGGUUUGAAGUCUUUUAUAAGCUGCUCAAUGUCUUGGCAGAUUAUUCAGCAAAAGGACAGGAUAGUCAAAGGAGUGAGCUCCUAGAAACACUUCAUAAACUUACCAUCCCUGAGCCAGGAACCUCUGUUCAUCUUGGAGUGCACUCUUACUUUACUGUGCCUGACAUCAGAGAGCUUCCCAGUAUACCCGAAAAUAGAAAUCUGACGGAGUAUUUUGUAGCAGUUGAUGUCAACAACAUGCUGCAUCUCUAUGCCAGUAUGCUGUACGAACGCCGCAUCCUCAUCUGCUGUAGUAAGCUCAGCACUUUAACUGCCUGCAUUCAUGGGUCUGCAGCUAUGCUCUACCCGAUGUUCUGGCAGCACGUUUACAUUCCUGUUCUGCCCCCACAUCUACUGGACUACUGUUGUGCCCCAAUGCCCUACCUCAUUGGAAUACAUUUAAGUUUGAUGGAGAAAGUAAGAAAUAUGGCCCUGGAAGAUGUAGUGAUUCUUAAUGUGGACACCAACACACUGGAAACCCCUUUUGAUGACCUUCAGAGCCUCCCUAACGAUGUGGUGUCUGGACUGAAGAACAGAUUGAAGAAAGUCUCUACAACCACUGGAGAUGGUGUUGCAAGAGCGUUUCUAAAAGCACAAGCAUCCUUCUUUGGAAGCUACAGAAACGCCCUGAAAAUUGAACCUGGUGAACCCAUCACUUUUUGUGAAGAAACGUUCGUGUCCCAUCGUUCUGCUGUCAUGAGGCAGUUCCUUCAGAAUGCCAUUCAGCUCCAGCUCUUCAAGCAGUUCAUUGAUGGCCGCCUGGAUCUUCUUAACUCUGGAGAGGGCUUCAGUGAUGUGUUUGAAGAAGAGAUAAAUAUGGGGGAAUAUGCAGGUAGCGACAAAUUGUACCACCAGUGGCUCUCCACAGUGAGGAAAGGAAGCGGAGCCAUUUUAAAUACAGUAAAGACCAAGGCUAACCCUGCCAUGAAGACUGUCUAUAAGUUUGCAAAAGAUCAUGCAAAAAUGGGAAUAAAAGAAGUGAAAAACCGCUUGAAGCAAAAGGACAUCACGGAGAAUGGCUGUUCUGCAGCCCCGGAGGAGGCUCUGCCAAGGACGGCACCUUCGCCCUUGGUGGAGAAGAAGGACCCGAAAUUAAGAGAAGACAGAAGGCCAAUCACAGUGCAUUUUGGUCAGCAGCAAAGACUCCGUCCGCCGCGGCCACCGCCUCCAAAGAUACAGCGUUCAUCUAGGCCCGUCCGGCCGCCGAGACCUCACGUCGUUAAGAGACCCAAGAGCAAUAUCGCUGUGGAAGGACGAAGGACUUCAGUUUCUAGUCCAGAACAGCCUCAGCCCUACCGGGCCCUGAAAGAAUCCGAUAGUGCUGAUGGGGAAGAGACUGUCAGUCCAGAGAAGUCAAAAGAGCCUCUGCCCCCCAGCCCCCUCCUCUCCAGCAAGGCUGCAGAAGUCAACCUCCUUGAAGACAUUUUCCCUAACCUGGAAGUGGAAACGCAGCCGCAGCCUCUCAGCCAGGCCAAGAGCCUGGAGGACCUGAGGACACCCAAGGAGGAGGGCGAGCAGCGAUGCACCUUUGAUUACCAGAGAAUGGAUCUUGGUGUGUCUGAGAGGAACAGGAUCGUGCCAACCAUGAAGCUGUCUCACCCUUACAACAAGCUGUGGAGUAUGGGUCAGGAUGAUAUGGCCAUUCCCACCAAGUUUUCCCAAAGCUCUCCGGAAAGGCCCUUGACUGCGCUUGGCACUUUGCCGUCAAUGUCACGGAGACCUCGGAGCAGGGACAGUGUUCUGGCUCCUGCAGAAAAGGAGGAAUCAAAUCCUGCCAUUCAAGGGAACAUCACCAUUCCUAGGCCACAAGGAAGAAAGACUCCUGAACUGGGGAUAGUGCCACCACCACCACCAGCACCCAGGGCUUCCAAGCAUCAGACUCCAGCCGGGCCAACAGAAAUUCUCACCCCCCACGCUACGGGACGUAGCCCUUUGGUUUCAGAUCUGAUCCCAGAGCCCUUUGGAGUUGGCAGCGUGUCCUUAGACCCCGAAAUCCAGCAGUCUGUGAAUUACUCCUCUCGUCCGUCUCAGCUUUUGUCCGGUGCUGCCAGCACUGCUGAGAUGCUCCAGCCUGUCAAGGUGAAGACAGAUAAUACAGAUAACGAGAGUGACUACCUUCUUAACCUCCUGGAUCCAUUAAAAACAGCCAGCUGGCAAAGCAGUGGCCCACAACAAGGUCCCCACAGCCUGCAAAGCUCAGCCACUCCACCUGCUGCCACUGGCUUUGUCUCGGUGGCAGGUGACUUUGUGCCUCCUCCAGCUGCACCCUUUGUCCAUCCCCUUGGUUACCCUUCCCCAGCACCACCCCCUUUUUUACAGCCAUCUCCUAAUCCCUUUACACAAACGUUGCCAGGAGCCCUCUCGGUGUCUCUAGUAAGACCCCCCAGGGGCUCCUUCACCCCCUCCUUAGGUCACGCUUAUAGCUCUAGCUUCAUAACGCCCAAUUCUACCUUCUACCCACCACAAAGACCUCAACCAAACAUGUCCACGCUGUCCAUGCCAAACCUGUUUAGCCAGGCUCCUGCUGUCCCUGCCCCCAGCUCCCUACUGCUGCAGAGCCCCAGCCCCUCCCCAGCAGCCCCCCUGCAGCCGGCAGGCGGGGGUGCUCCUAAAGCCAGAACGUUACAGAUGGGCCAGUCCAGCUCAAAGGUAGAUCCCAAACAAGGGGUAGCUCUCCUGUCUAACGAACCCCCUUUGAUCCCUUCCAGGCCAGCUAAGGGCUUAGAGUCAGUGUUACUGUCCUCUAAAUCUGAGGAGACAAAAGAUCCAUUUGAAGAUUUGUUAAAAAAGACAAAGCAAGACGUGUCAUCCACACCAGGUAAGGUGGAGCAGCUCAGAAAGCGAUGGGAAACCUUUGAGUAAUGCUCCCAAUGGCCUUUUGAUUUCCCUUUGGAAUUGACAGAGGGGUUUUUUUUGGUUUUUUGAGCCAGCAUAAAACCAAGCAUUUCUUUUCUGGAAGGCUGAGCCAGGAUAGCUGCAGGACCAUCACCGUGCUGCAAUUCCCACACGAGAGCUUUUUGCCCCGAGUUCAGAG